AAACUUCAACUCUUCACUUUAUCAGUCUCUCACAGGACCUGACAGCAACACAAUUAGCUCCCAGUCACCAUGUCAUUUGAAACUAAUAUGAGGUUUAAACUUUCCAUUUUGGCAAUUGGACUUCAAACCCUUAUUAUAAUAUUAUUUGGGAUAUUUGUAAGAUAUGAUACACAUUAUAGUAAAGGACCUGACAAUUCAACACAAAACACGUUUAUUGACCUCUACCCAUUAUUUCAAGAUGUCCAUGUCAUGAUUUUUGUUGGCUUUGGUUUCCUAAUGACAUUCUUAAAAAGAUAUGGAUUUAGCAGUGUUGGCAUCAACUUGCUCAUUGCGGCUUUGGGUCUUCAAUGGGGAACCCUAAUGCAAGGCUUGUGGCAUCUUCAUGAUGGGAAAAUCAACAUUAAUAUACUGACUAUGAUAAAUGCUGACUUCAGUACUGCAACUGUAUUGAUUUCGUUUGGAGCUGUGCUGGGGAAGACAAGUCCAGUACAAAUGCUGAUCAUGGCAAUCAUAGAAAUUGCGGUGUUUGCUUGCAAUGAACAUCUUGUUAGUUUCCUAGGAGCCAGUGAUAUUGGUGCCUCCAUGACCAUCCAUGCCUUUGGAGCUUACUUUGGUUUAGCAGCUGCUGCUGUUUUAUAUCGCCCAAGCCUAAAAAAUGGCCAUACCAAUGAAGGAUCUGUUUAUCACUCUGAUUUAUUUGCAAUGAUUGGAACCCUUUUCCUUUGGAUGUUCUGGCCGAGUUUUAAUUCUGCUAUUGCUGAACAUGGACAACCUCAGGAGAUGGCCAUUAUCAAUACAUACUUCUCUCUGGCAGCUUGUGUGCUUACGGCAUAUGCUUUCUCCAGCUUGUUGGAACACAAAGGCAAAUUAGACAUGGUUCAUAUUCAGAAUGCAACCUUGGCAGGAGGUGUUGCCGUAGGAACCUGUGCUGAUAUGAAUAUUGGUCCAUUUGGAGCUAUGAUAAUUGGCUUCAUUGCUGGGAUAGUUUCCACCAUCGGCUUUAAAUUCUUAACUCCAAUCGUAGCUUCAAAGUUGAAAAUUCAGGAUACAUGCGGAGUGCACAAUUUGCACGGCUUACCAGGACUCCUCGGAGGCAGUGCAGCAGUAGUCGCAACUGCCAUGGGAGCUAAGCCAGGCUAUUCUCCUAUGAUGCAAGGUGCUGCUUUAGCUGCAACCUUUGGUAUUGCUAUUGUUGGUGGAGUUAUUACAGGUUUCAUUUUAAAAGUUCCUAUAUGGGGACAGCCACCUGAUCAAAACUGCUAUGAUGAUUCCAUUUACUGGGAGGUCCCUCUUGAUGAGGAAGAACAUGAUAAUCAAUACCAGACUGAACAUGGAAAAAUCAAAAUGGACGCCUAAGCCUAAUAUGUUCCUCACUUUUACUUCACAGUGUUUUUGUUGUAUUCUUGUUUAAAAAAAAAAUUUGUACAAAACUUAAAUGGAAAACAGACAAUUUAAAAAGAAUAGUUCUUCCUACUAGUUUUGUUUUUGAUGUUGCUAUGGCAACAAACACAUUUUAACUAUCACUGUGUGCUUCUUGUGUCAGAUAGCUUCGGGAUAGAAUAAAUCUCCCCCCAAAAAAUGUUUGGGGAAAUGUUUAUUAAGAUGAAAUAAGGGUAAAAUCAAUACAAUUAUUUCUAAUGCUUAAUUUAAAAUGUAUUAUAUUCUUUAUACUUGGAUGAACAACUUUCCACAAUAACAUUUUAAAAGUUUGUUUUUUCACAUAGGAAAAUAAAAUUAUAAUCUUGAACUGCUUAUCUUAUAUAUAAGAAAAAUCUUUUUUGUCACCAUGCAUAGUAACCGUACCUCAAUCCUAUCUGAUUCAGUGAUUAAAAGUUAUAUAAUUCUAAUGAAUGCAUUUAUUAUUUAUAUAAUGUACUUUCAUUCUACACAUUUUCUUAGUUUAAACUGUAUUCAUUUGUAUUAUUACUAAAGUUUAUUAAUAUAACGAUCAAAAUGGGCAUAAAAAAUGAUUUUUUUUUUUAAUAUCACGCUAGUCAUUUUAUGCCAAAUGUGUCUUGUCUUGUAAUCUUGAAUAAUAGCUAUGCUGUGAAGAUCAGAGGUGAUUGAAAUAAUAUUCACUCAUCCCAUGCACAGAUGAUUUUUACCUGUAUAUGUCAUUUAAUAAAAAAACAUUGUGUAUUU